AUGAUUCCGCUCCACAUCGACAAGCACUGCGAGUACAUCAAGCAUCUUGCAGACGACCAUGAGAGCAUCGAGGCGGUCGCCAGCGACCAUUUUCGCAUGGGCGGAAUAUACUGGGGGUUGGCUGCCAUGGACAUUGCAGGCCGCGUGGACGAGAUGAAGGGAGAAGAGCUCGCCCAGUGGGUGCAGUCCUGUUGCCACGAGGAGGUCGGCGGGUACGGCGCAGCCCCAGGACACGAUCCUCACAUUCUUCACACGCUGUCAGCGGUGCAGAUCUUGGCCAUCCUGGACAGGACGGACCUGUUGGACGUGGAUGGCAUCGUGCGGUACAUCAAAGGAUUGCAAAACGCGGAUGGCUCCUUCAACGGAGACAGGUGGCGGGAAGUGGACACCCGGUUCACGUACUGCGCAAUCCUGUGUCUCGAUCUGCUCGGGCGUCUGGACGACAUCGACGUUCCGGGGGCCGUGGAGUACGUUGCACGCUGCUGCAACUUCGACGGAGGGUUUGGUUGCCGGCCGGGGGGCGAAUCGCAUAGCGGACAGGUGUUCACGUGCGUGGGGGCGCUGCAUCUCGCUGGGGCAUCCGACCGCGUGGACGCGGACCUGCUGUCGUGGUGGCUGAGCGAGCGGCAGACGGGCAGCGGGGGCCUGAACGGGCGUCCGGAGAAGCUGCAGGACGUGUGUUACUCGUGGUGGUGUCUCAGCGCCCUGGCGGCCAUGGACCGCCUGGACUGGAUCGACCGGGAGCGCCUGGCGACCUUCAUCCUCCAGUGCCAGGACGACGAAAACGGGGGCAUCUCGGACAGGCCGGAAAUGAUGGCCGACGUGUAUCACACCUUUUUUGGUCUCGCGGGACUGUCCCUCAUGGGUUACGAGGGCCUGAAAAAGGUCGACCCCCUGCGCGCCCUGACGACCGAGUGCGUGGCGCGACUGAGGCGCACGAUGGGAUCGAAGCCCUGA